GGUUAACCAACUUUCCUAUUUCGCAGUGGCUACCUGUCGUAUAAACCAGAUUGUUAAGCUUUUGGACUUCAGUCGUAAGGUGGAUUUUUUCCCUUAAUCAUAAGGUAAAAAGAGUAAAUGACAAUGUGCAGCAACUCUAAUCUGAGACCCUCUAUUCGAGUAAGGGAAAACUCAACCAACCCUUCUCCCCAUCCAGAGUCCUGGCCAGCAUGUCCAGCGAUCCCCCUCCUCCAUACCCUGGUGGCCCCAGCGCCCCCAUUAUUGAAGAGAAGAAUGGACAGCCUGUUGUAUCUGCUCCCACAAGAACAGGUCCACCACAAGGCCAUCCUGUACCUCCAGACUAUGGCCCUCCUCCUUAUGAGGCCUCACAGCCAGGUUUCCUACCCCCACAUGUCCCUGGAGAGGGGCCCAUGUCCAUGCCCAUGCCUAUGCCUAUGCCCAUGCCACCACCACAAGGAUGCUUUUACCCACCACCACCAGGUCACUUUGCCCACCCCAUGCCAGGACAGUUAGGCUCUGGUCCCAAUCAGUUUAGCCACAUGGGGGGCCGCACUGCUACCGUCCUGGCUCCUCCAGGGGCAGCCACCACCGUGACUGUACUGCAGGGGGAGAUGUUCCAGUCCAUACCAGUGCAGACUGUGUGUCCACAUUGCCAGCAGACAAUCGUUACCCGCAUUUCCCACGAUAUCGGACUCAUGAAUACACUCUUCUGUCUCUUCUGCUUCUUUGUGGGAUGCGAUCUUGGCUGCUGCUUGAUUCCCUGUCUGAUUGAUGACCUGAAGGACGUGACACACACCUGCCCUUACUGUAAGGGCUACAUUAACACAUACAAGCGUAUAUGCUAACCACCGACAGCUG